AAUAUACCAACCUCUCGAACGUGAAGAGCUAGUUACACAAAUUUAACUCAAGAGUUCCACUGUGAAAUAAAAAUAUAUAUACAACUUGUGUCGUCGAGGAUAUCAAACAUCUCCCACAGAUGAAUGCACUUUUAUAAGAUAUUAAGAAAACUUUUAACGAACGACCCGUAGCGCAUCAAGCUUCCAAUACAACAUGGCGGAAGCGAAUCCAACCGAAGACUUGCGACUGACAGAAGAGCCACGAGUUAUUAACAAUGUUUACAACAUUGGUACUAUACAUAAUCAAUACCACCAUCAUCAUGGAGAUUUAAUACAUAAUCACAUAAAUCAACCUGGCUGCGGAACAGCUACUCAACUGGAAAGCCAAACUUUUGGGAAAGGCACAGAAGCGCCAGACAAGUCUCAACUCAACAAAAUGGCUGAUGAAGGACACGAAGCUCUUUUGCAUGAAAAUGAAGAAGCGUCCAAAUUCAUCAACUUAUACCGGAAAGAAGUGGUUGCACUGCCAGAAGGAAUUAAAGACGACUGGGCCAACGUUUAUACCAGUAGUACGUAAAACAUGGGAGACACUCUAUAAUAAGAUAAUGGUAGACGUUCGCGAUAAAAACAUGGAAGGUGGAGAC